AUGACGAUCUCAAAAUCCCUUCCACCCCGAACGGACCUGAUGAGGUGGGAUGAGGAAGCGGAUGAGCCGUAUAUUCUCCUUCCAUCUCAUCCGGACUUGCGGUUGACGCCAUGGCGCGAGACUGAUGUAGAUGAUGCUAUGAAGCUGUACAAUGACCCGAGUAUCGCCAAAUACUCAUUUCGGCGCCCGUACCCAUAUCGAAAAGAGGACUUUGGCUUCCUACGCAAUGUAGUCCUCCCCCCGGCGACCGAAACCAUAUCCACCGUCCUCCGGCCUCUGCUCGCACCGCCCGCUCAACCCACACAUCCGCUCCCCUCCCCAUCCUCGGACUCCCCACUGCCCUUCUUCCCAUUUAUCAUUAUCCGGCAUCACCCCUCCGGACGGAUGAUCGGGGACAUGGCGAUCUUCCAGCCGAUGCGCUCGGACGUGUCCGCGGCGGACGCCAAAGCUGCCUUUGGAGGCAAGGCAAAGACCUCACAGACCGCAGCGGAGCAGACGUGGGAGAUGGCGUAUAACCUCAUGCCUGAGUGGACGGGCAAGGGGAUCGGAGGGAGAGUAUUGGAUUGCGUGCUUGAAGUAUGGGUAAAGUGGGUGGGGAUAGGGACGAUGAUGGCUGGCGCCGAGACGGCCAAUGUCAACUCGUCCGCACUUGUCAAGUCGCGUGGCUUCGUCAAGGUCAGGACCUUCAUCCAGGAAUGGCCGGAAGAUAAGGGAGGAGGGGAAAGGGAGAUCUCGCAUUGGGAGCUCAAAAUGGCGGAUCAUAUCUCACGGUUGGGGCCUGCCAAGUCAUAG